AACAAGCAUGUGCGUGAAAGGGAAGCACGUUAGUGCUGAUGAUAAGAAAUGAAACCAGACCUGAACACUCAUGCUGUCCUGUGUUUAAUGUUUAACUGCCCUGCCCUCGUGGGAGGGAGGAGGAUAUUUGAGCGAGGGGAGUGUUGGCUAACACUUUGCUCUACCAGACUGAGGUGAAACCAACCAACUUCAGACCAGGACCUGUGAGGACUCUCAGGAAUCCCAGAUGGUCAUCAGAGAUAAGAAGGACCAGACUCGGGGACACAUACUGGACUUUUGGGCUUAAGACACUGAAUAUUUAGAACCUCACAGAAAGUUCAGUAGAGUCUUUAUAUUUUACUGCUGUGGAAUAUCAUGAAAUCACUGUGAUUUGGAGUUUCUCAGCCACCGGAAUCAUCUUCUUGAAGACUCAGGAAUCAUUUUAGACAAAGAAAAGUCUUGAGUGUGUGCUGUUAUCUGGGAGAAGUGCUCACCUCUGGGUCUCGGCUCUAAUCACAGCGACUGCACCCAGCAGAACUGACAAGCUACGGGAUAAAAUCAAUACCUGGAAAAUCUGAGCUCACAAGUCGGCUAUCAUGAGUGACGAAAUGGAGGAAGCACAGACUAAAGACUGGAGGCUGAUUGAACCCAACUAUCCUGUCAAAAUCUUCCUGACGGUCUUUUACAGCCUCAUCUUGGUGACGGGUAUCAUGGGUAAUUCGGUCACAAUCAAAGUGACUCAAGUGCUGAAGCGAAACGGCUACCUGCAGAAGAACGUGACCAACCACAUGGUCAGCCUGGCCUGCUCGGACUUGUUGGUGCUCAUCAUCGGCAUGCCAGUAGAGCUCUACAGCGCCAUCUGGAACCCGUUCACCUCCGCAUCAGGCGACGCUUCCUGUAAGAUCUACAACUUCUUGUUUGAGGCUUGUAGCUACGCCACCAUCCUCAAUGUGGCCACGCUUAGCUUUGAGCGCUACAUUGCUAUCUGCCACCCGUUCCGCUUCAAAGCCUUGAGAGAAAAACGCACCUCCGUCCUCAUCACCUUUGCCUGGUUGGUGUCCAUGGUCGUGGCGCUGCCGCUGCUGACCGCCACGGGAACGCAGAGCCACACUCUCCAACUACCAAACGAAACCGUCCACAAUCUGACUUUCUGCACCAACAUGAAGGAGCACUGGGUGAUGUACAGGGUCAGCAUCUUUGUGGCUUUCCUCGUCUACGUGAUUGUGUUGAUCUGCGUGGGCUUCAUGUGCCGGGCGAUGAUCCGGGUCCUGCAGAAAAGCGGGAUCAACAGGGACCAAGGAGCACCCAAGCACGAGAGUUUAAAGGUCAAGACGGCCAGGAAGCAGACCAUCAUUUUUCUUGGUCUCAUCGUACUGUCCUUGAUGGUGUGCUGGCUUCCCAACCAGAUCCGUCGUCUUAUGAUGGCCACCAUGCCCAAGUCCGAGUGGAGUGAUUCCUUCUUCUGGAGCUACAUCACCCUCCAUCCUGUGGCCGACAGUUUCUUCUACAUCAGCUCGGUCCUCAACCCUUUCCUUUACAACCUGUCCUCCAGGCAGUUCAGGGAGGUCUUUAUGCAGGUGCUGCGGUGCCACCUCACUAUCGAACACAUCAACAAGCGGACUGUGAAGGGCUCCAACGCUGCCUCUGCACGCUCCUUUCGGCCCCUGCUGUUCAAGUCGCUGCAUCGCGGCCGGGGGAACCAAUCCACGAUUUCACAAGAGAAAGCUCCUCCCACCUUCACAACGUUUCAGACGCAAAGGGACUCAGGAAUGGAUUCAAAUACUCAAUCUCUCAGCCUGACGGAAGACGUGGAUUCAGCUGUCACAGGAAGGACAGAUGUAUCAUCAGAGACUGAAGUAUAAUGUGCUGUACAAUUUAAUGCAACACAGUAAACAGUAAAACAAAGAUGGCAGAAAUAGCUUUUUCCAAGGACUCUUGUGCUGUGCCAUCUGCAACAAAUAUACAGAUAUUCCUUAGACACAGUAAACACAUUACAAAGAGUUAAGUUAGAAAUUUCCAUAACAGAUCACACUCAGCUGACAAUUUGGCACAACAGAAAGCUCGAUGGGACUUCUCAGAGAGACAUUUGUUAUCAAGUCAGAACAUGAUUGUACAAAAGCUCAAAUAUUCAGUUAGGAAUGAAGCUUAAAGGUGAAAGUUAAAGAUACUCGGUGGAGUUUGUGACCACUAGAGGGACUACAGAAC